AUGGAAUCCUCCUCCGAUUGCGUCCCGACAGAGGACGCCGUGCAAGCCCUGAUCGACUUCUUGGUCUACCCUCUUUUGCCGGCCAAAUGCUUCUUCUCCCCGGAGCCCCCUUCCCUGGAUCAACAGGAGAGCGUCGGGAAGCAGGUAACCUCCUGUUGUUAUUCACGACUCGAAGUUUGGGACGUUUUGGUUAGCUUCACUAUCUCGAACAGUAUUUUUAUCACAGAAAGGUUUGGGGUAUCGCAAGUCUAGUCGCGAACCAAAGUGUGAGAGAGCGGUGAAUCUAAGUACUAAAGGGAGGUUAGGAAUAAACUAGAGAGAAGAAUUCUUGACCGUUCAAAGUUAUCUUAAUGACGCUAGGGUCUCUUUUCAGUAAUAAGGGAGGCUUGGCUGAUUAGGAAAUUUAAGGAAAUGGAAGAACGGUUUUAUAAAUAAAUACCUGCAAAUAAAUAUUUUAUUUCGUAGGAAUUAUUAACCUCAAUUCCUAGAGUCAACUUCAUCUUAGAUUUUUUUUCAAGUUAAUAUCUGUGUUCUACGUGGGAAAAUGAAGUCCUAUGCACGAAACAGAUUAUUUUUUGCGUUUCACAUUUGAUAGUUCGCCUAGCCCAGUUAUCUGCAUGGUUUUAAUCUUGUCGUUCCGGUGAGCGAUGUUUUUGAUUUGUAGAUCUGCAGCUCAUAUUCUGACCUCUUCCACCUUUAUGAAAAAUAACUCUUUUCAUCUCUAUGGAUUUUACUUCAGCUUCAUGCAGUUGUGCUGCUAUACAACUAUUAUCAUAGGAAACAGUUUCCGCACCUUGAGUUUCUGGACUUCAAAUCUUUCUGUAAAUUGGCUUCUAUUGCCAAACCGAGCCUGCUAACAUAUAUGAAAUGUAUGCAUGGACCAAAGGAGUUACCAAGCAGCAUCGACCAAUUCUCCAUCUCAGAGAAGAUGAUUUGGGAAGCCUGCAGCAUUUGCACUGGUUUAGAAAUGUUAAUUGAUGCUCAAAUCUUGAGAAGUUGGUCAAUAUCAAAAGUUGUUGUUCUUUUAGUUGAUCAUACAAUGAUGAACUGUUUCCUUUUGUACUCGUCCAUAACUCAGGGUGUGUGGUCUUUGAUUGAAAAAGAUGUUGACCUACCAUUUGGUGAUUUGAAUCUGGCACCCAUAGACAUAUCGUCUGAGAAGAAGAAAACUGCAACUGAUCAUGAAAAUGAUCUUCUACAGUUUGCCUUUCAAGCUGUAAAGGAAAAAACAGGUGCGUUUAUUUUGAGACUCCUAUCUAGACUAGGUAUUUUACAGCUCAUAGCACAUCCUUCGAUAAAGUUCAUUUAUCAACGGUGGAAACUUUAUGCAUCUGGAAUAUAGGUUUUGUUUCGUAAGCUGUGGAUUUCUCAUGCUACAGUACGUUAAUGUUCGUACAACAGGAAUUCUCAAAGAAGAAUUGACCAUUCUUGAACGACGUGUUGCAUAUUCAUUGAGUGAGGAGAAGACGGUGGCUCAGUUAUAUCUGAUGCAGUACAAUGGGACAUCGACUGAUAGACUUACGGAGUUUUCAAUCGAGGAUAUCGUUGACAGGUUUUCUCCAUAACAAUUUAAUAACUCCGUGAUGUGAUCCCUAAUAAACUAUCAUGUCGUGCAUGCAGGAUUAUGAGAAGUUCUACUGAGGACAGUUAUUCUCAAGCUAGCUUGCCUAGGGUUAUGAAUGAAUUUUUUUUUAUUCUCUAUUCUAGCACCACACAAAUUGUGGCAAUGAUAAUAUCCCAAAAUUUGAGUAAACUCAUGUUAGCUUUGUAUUUUUACAUCAAUUUUUAUCACUUAUUCGUCAUAAACCUUCUUUGGUGCGACACUGCAGUCUGCAAGGCCCCCUUUUUGGGAAGGAUCUUACUCCAACACUAGUGGUUGAAUAUUUCCACCUAUUACCAUAUGUUGGAAUUCUUGCUGGUUGGCUUUCCAGGUAGCUCAUCCAUGUUUAUCUCUUCAUUGUCGAAUUUGAAAUUUCUUCUCCUUAUUUUACCUUUUUUGUUCCCAAUUUUUCUGUAAAGGUAAUGUUCAAAUUUUUCAUGCAGGCAAAAGUCUUUAGAUGGUUUGUCAUCUUCGCUGGAGAAAAUUAGGAAAUCGAAUGGUAACUUAUAUCUGGAAGCAGAAAGGCCUUCUGGCAAAAAAAUUGACACUAGUGACAUAUGCUUCUCCACCGUAUCUGAGAAAGCCCUGCACAAGAUAUCAGGCAGCGGUACCAAUGGAAUAAACAUUAUGGUAGAAAAUGGCUCAUCCUGUGAUAUCAGAUCAUCAGGGACUGCUUCUAGACCUCAUAAAGAGGAAGAAAACUAUCCCUUGGCUUGCCCUCAACCUAAGACACUGAAUGAGUCCAAGGCCAUGGAGAAUGAAAUAGAAGUUCAGCGUGUUGAAAAGAGGAAAAACGAUUCCAUUGCCAGUCGUUCACGGGAAAACGGAGGUAUCUUUGAAGAUAAGGUAUACAGUUUUUCCAUUUUCGCUUAGUGUUUCACUGUUAGCAGAUUUACUGAAUCUUCCGCCACAUAUUGCGAUAAUACUUCCCUUAUCUCUUUUAAGUUCAUCCGUUUUCUCUGAUGGACAUGAAGACCCUGUAUGGAAUUCCUCGUGUUCUCCUUUCUGAUGUUGGGUACAAUCAUCUAGUUGUGAGUUUUGUUAUUAUUUCAGUUAUUUUGUUGCAUUUGGAAUCCAAGAAUAUUUUUACAACAAAUAUCUUAAUUUACAUCUGUAAAUCCAAAAAGGUCCAUAGAGAAAUGCAUUCGUGAAACUGCAAGGAUUUGUUAUUAUCUAAAGCUACACAGAAGGCUCUCAACCAUACUUUUGUUUUUGUGAAAUGUGUUUCCUCUAUUUAUUUAUUUUCUUGUUUCUCCCUUUUCCUCUUUCCUUUCGUAUUUACAACACCUGGCAGGAAUCACCAGUCGAAACACAAUCUCGGUUUACGUUGACCUUUUUUGCACAAUGAAAAGGUCAAGGUUGCCGGUGUAAUGUUGCCGCUACUGCUUUUUUCAAGUGUGAUGCACCCUGGAAAUAAAGUGCAAUGCGCGUGAGAAGAAAAAGGAUUACCCAACUGACACAAAAUUCAUUGCUCAUUGAUUUUCGCAUUAACUUGUAACGUGGGUUUCAUAUGGUUGAUAAGUUCCUGCAUAUUAAAAUCGAAAAUUGUUUCAUUUUAGAGUCCUCCCUGCUUCAUGAUCUAGUUUUCUCUCUCCUCAUUUGGCAAGCAAUUGUUUUCUUUGAACUGUAUAUUAUUUUCCCUUUUUAAAGCCAAUAUAGAGAGCUUACUCCUGGAAAUAGUGUAGAAUGCAAUGUUUCAUUCCCAUUUUGCGCAACACCAUUUUUUUUGAUUUUUUUUUCUUGCAUUAAGUAAUCAUGAAUUGAUCUGGCAGGAGGACUUUGAUGGUUUAUGUAAGAAACUGUGCGGUAAGGACUCAUCAUCGAGAAAUGAUGCCCUCAAAAACACUGUUUCACGUCGAAGCAGCGAAGCAGCUGCAGAUCUUCAUACUGUUGCUCUGCUUUCUGAUCCCCAAAACAGUGAUAGAUUUGAGGUUGUAUUGGAAUCGAAGAAAAGAGAUCAAUUAGGGGCAUCCCUGAGAGUUCUUCAGAGAAAACAAGAAGAAUUGGUUUGGUUUUUUUCUGUUAAACUCCAUGAAUUGAUGAAAUAUCCAUGUUCCUUUUUCUGGAAAUAUAUUUGA